GCUACACUCAGUGAGUAAAUUAUAUUUAUGUGGAUUGCCUGUAAUAAAUGCAAUGACAUUUCAUUGACUAUGGACUGUAGCAGAAUGAAUGAUGUGAUAUGACAAAAUAAAAUGGCCGAAUCAAGUAACAGUCACUGCUUUGAGUGAAGUUUGAGAUUUGAGAUUGUGCAGUUGUAGAGAUGAAUGUGUUGGUGUAACUACAUUUAUCAUAUACUACGGUUGUAUUGUACUGGAUAGAAUUCAACCAAAUCGUUCCGUCAGUAUUAUACAACAGUUUCACAUGUUGACAAAUCGAACACGUUAAACCUUAACGCCUCAGACUAUUAUUAUAGCGCCUGAAAACACUGUAUAAUGUUUUAACUGAAAUUCAGACAGACACAACUAAUUAGGUUUCAUAUGAUUCGUUUCUAUGAGCUAUGCUUUGAAAUAUUUUAGAAUCUUCUUUUUCGCAUAAUAUAAGUGUCCCCGAGAUAGUAGUCUUAACGUCUGGAAGGUUGAGUGGGCUGGAAAACAAAUGUUAAGAUUUGUAUGAUCCAACUUUGAUACAUGUGGUAUGCUCAAGCUGUAUAUGUAGAAGAAUUGACGUCGUUUCGUCACAUGUUUAAAACAGAAUAUUUUCACUUGCGUUCUAAAACGGCAUAUUAUGAUAAUGAAAGACGAUCUAACAUUCGUAUCCCAUACUGAAAAUGCCUGAAAAUGCUUCUAGAACUAGUCUCACUCAAUAUUUGCAUCAUAUUUAUGAUAAUGAUAUACAAUUUAAAAUUUGUGAUGAGGGCGUAUCAAAUAUUGAAAAGGGAGUUGUUUCUAUAGUGCAAUACAUAGCAACAUACGCACUAGAACGAUGUCAAGAAUACGUUCAACGACGCCUAGAUUCUACUUUUAUGAAAAAGAUAAAAGACUGCAAAAGUGAAAUUAUUGGCGUCGGGAGCUUUUAUGAAAGAACGAAAAAUGGAUUUCCUGACGAAUUUGACUUCCUAUUUCCUAUUUGUACUUUAGAAACUGAUGGUCAGUGUCAUAACUGGGCCCUCAGGUUUACUUUCGAAUACAUUCAUUACGCAAUCUUCAGAUUUUCCGAGCAUAUCGACGAACAUAGGAAGGAGCUUCCGUAUAAUGAAUGGGUAAUCUUCAAACGUUUAGUUGAAAGAAGAGGACCAUCCUCGAAACUCGAAUUCCUUUACAAGAAAUGUAAAGAUGGCGCAAAAGAAACACCGUUGCAUGUAGAUUUGGUUCCGUGUAUUAAAAUAAUUUUUUCUCCAAUAGACAUAUAUAAAAAUGAUUUCAUUCAGGGAUCUCUGCUCUGUAAGAAAUUUGAAAGAGAUGUAUCAUUGACAAACAGUUUCGUACUUGUAGAUCACGAGCACCCGGUCUCAUUUGCCGAGACGGAGGUAAGAUUUAUGAGAGAAGUCCUUUCAGACAAACACAGAAAGGUUUACAGACUACUGAAAUUUCUUCUAAAUGGAAAAGGGGAUAACGAAAAGCUCCGUUCUAAAUUUCGCGUAAAAGGAUUAUGUUCUUAUUACAUUAAAUGUGUAAUGAUAUACCAUCAUUUUAAAUGCGGUACUGAAAAUGAUAAUGAAGAAGCACUGUGCGUUCUUACUGUAUUAAGAGACUUGAAAUGUGACUUAGAAAAUAAACAUGUCACACUAUUAACCCAUGUCAAAAACGUAGACAAAUACAUAUCCACUACUGAAGCGUUAAAGAAAGUACUUGGGCAUCUUGAAAAAAUACAGAAAUCGUACAAAGAUAGAAAUUUGAAUUUAGAAUCAGCCGCAAAAUUACAAUACCAUAGGCUAGAAAAAGAAGUGCAACAGAAUAUCAGAGAGGAGAGAAUCAUUGAAUGCGUAGUUUGUUGUGUGCGUCAAGCAGUAUUUUUCUGCGGAACAUACUUUAAAAUCCGCAGUCAAUGCAGCACAUGCCUCGGAAGAUACCUCAAAAUAUGCAACAUACACUGCACAUGCUGCGAGAGCUGUGAAGUACGCCACGAGUGUAUAUUUAUAAUUAAGUAUUUAGCCUGUAUCUGUAUGUGCGUGAUUGCAGUCGUUGGGAUAAUUUAUUUAUUAAUAAUUUAUUAAUUUAUUUCGUGAUAUAGUAUUUAGAUAAUGCAUAAGUAUAUAACUAAAAGUUAUGCAUUUAGCGAUCACUUUCUUGCCCUCGUAACUUGGCAUAUAUGAAUCAUACUGUCCUUUCGUGUGUUUGUGUGUGCGUCCGAUAGUGUAAAAUCUUGUCCGUGCUGUAACAUUCAUAGGAGGAUUUGAAAAUAAAGUUAACCAUAUUCAGGUGUUCGCGCAUAUGGCCCGGAUCUCUAAGGCCAAGGUUACAAUGUGGUGUGACUGGUUAUCGUGUACGGAUCAUAUGGAGGGAUUUUGUUCAUCUAAUCCCAGGAAUGUGAGGUGUCAACGAUCCGGACCGCUUGGAUCUCUAGGAUCAAGAUCAAGGUCACAAUUUGACAUAUCGGUUUUCUACAUGCGGUCAUUAUUUUUGUUUUUGUUAUACAUAUAUGGAUUUAAAAGUCAGUUUGUGCAAAUAACUAUUUUAGCCUGAAAAUAUGCCAUGGGCAUGAUCCCGGUCCCUCGGGUCAUGGUCAUUAUGUACAUUUUUUAUCUUUUUUGCACAGACAACUGUAGCAUUCUUGGGCAUGCUUCGGGGCAUUUGUCACUAAUACUGACAGCCCUUAUUUCUACAGUGUAGACUUUUAUUUGAUCUUACAACAGAAUAAAAGAAACUUAAAAUAAACAAAAAAAAAUUGA